AUGAAAAGAUAUAUUAAUAAUAACAAAUUAUAUAACUUAAAAAAAGUUAAGGUAGAAUGUGAAUAUGAAAACGAGUUAAAAAAAGAAUGUACUUCAAGCAUUUUUGAUUUUAAUAAAGUUUCAAAAAAGGAAGAGAAUAUAGAUGAAAAUAAUUUGGAGAAGUUUAAUAUUUUUAAUUUAGAAGAGAAUGGUAAAAGAAGAAAAAUUGAUAUUAUGCAUAUAUUUAAUGAAUUAAAAAAUAGUACACAAAUGAAUGAAGAUCUACUAAAUCAAAAUAUAGACAAAAAUCUAGUCCGAAACAAAAAUGAGCUGGUUACUAAAUGUAUAAAAAAUAAUGUAAAUAACAACAUUAAAGAUAAAAAUAGUAAUUCUAAUGAAAAUCUAAAUAAAGAUACAUCAGUUGAGAAAAUAGAAAAUUGUAAAACAAAAAAAAGCAAUAAUCUGAAUAAAUACUAUGAAAAAAUAAAUAAUUUAUUGAAAGAAAUACACUUGAGUAAAAUUGCUAGAAAUAAUAACAAAAAUAUAAAAUAUAUGGCAUAA